AUGAUAAUCCCUAUUCGGUGCUUCACCUGUGGAAAGGUGAUCGCGCACCUGUGGGAGAAGUGGAUCGAUAUGAUAGACGAAGACAGACCAGAGGGAGAGGCGCUGGAUCUUCUUGGGUUAGACCGGUAUUGCUGCCGCCGCAUGCUGUUGACGCACGCAGAUCUCAUUGACAAGCUGCUGGCGUAUAACAUUUAUGAGAAGCGCAUUGUGGAGAGCUGA